AUGUCCGGGCACCCCUACUUUCGGGGACUAAGCAGCAGCUCUGUGCGCUUCAAGAAAAGAAAAUCACGCUUCUCCUUUGAAGAAGUCCGACUGCUUCUGAGCGAAGUGAAGAAAAACCGACACAUACUUGUGGGAAAGUUUAACCGGGGUGUUUCCAGUGAUGUGAAGAAGCGUACGUGGGCGGCACUCACGGCUCGCAUUAACGAAAUCAGCGAGUGUCACCGGGAGAUCCUGGAGAUCAUUAAGAAGUGGUCGGACCUGAAGUGUGACACCAAGCGCAAGGUGGCAGCGAUGAAAGCGUCGGGCGCGUCUCCGUCUCGCAUCAUGCUCGACCUGUCGCCCAUCGAAAGCAUGGUUCACCAGGUGCUCCAGAUGCCUGUGACCGAGGACCCGUCCGGUCUCCGCCCCACGUCAAACCAGAAUGACCAUAAUGACGUCGAUGAUGAUGAAGACUGUAUCAGUCCCAUAAGAAUAGCCUCUCGGUCCGUGCGCAUUCCCAAUGGCAAGCUGGUUGCCCAUGGUAAGGGCAAAGCCUUACCAGCCCCAGUGCCCCCUGACAAACUGGUACCACCUCCAGACAUGAUGUACAGGCAGCAAGGUUUGAGGUUCCAUGAGCCCUCCCAGGAGCAGGAGAUCCCGUCUGUUUUCUCAGACCAGCCAAUCCCCAAGGCCGAACACAACCAUCAGGUCACCAACAGCCCCACGGCUGAGCCAGGGUGUCUUCAGGAGCAGCUAGCCACCAACGCACGACUCAGCCUACAGGAACAGCAGACAACCACCGCGCUCAUCGGGACGCUCUCUCGGUCACUGGAGUCACUGGCCGGGUCCAUUCAGAGACUGGUGGAGACACAGCAGGAGUUUGCGCGCGACUCUUUGCGCAUGCAGCGCGACACACUCCAUGUGCUACAUGACUUCUCUGCCAGCGCGCUAACGAUACUGCACGACAAGCUCAGUGGCCAUCCGUAGCUUUUUGUUCAUCUUCUCCCGUGUUUAACAAAACCAC